GUACAAUUAAAUAGAUUUAUAUUUACGUAGGCUAUUGACACAACUGCCAUUACAAUGAAUUUUGUGAUUUUUAUGCUCGCAAAUUUCCCAGAAGUGCAGGAAAAAGCGUACAAAGAAUUAUCAGAAAUUUACGGCAUUGAAUCUCCAAAAUCUGUACCAAUUGAAUAUGAUGAUUUGCAAAAAAUGGAAUAUUUGAAUCGAGUUAUUAAGGAAACAAUGAGACUCUUUCUUGCUGCUCCUUUGAUUGGACGAAUUUUAACAGAAGAUUUAAAGAUAGGAGAAACUAUUUUACCUAAAGAAGCUGAUAUAAUUAUGUCUAUAUUUUAUAUGCACCAAAAUAAGAAAUAUUGGUCGAAUCCCUUGAUAUUCGAUCCAGAUAAAUUUCUCCCGGAAAAAGAAGUGCAUUGUUCGAAAUAUUUCAUGCCGUUUAGUACCGGACUCGGAAAUUGUAUUGGUCAGAAAUAUGCGAUGAUUUCUAUGAAAAUCAUUCUUGCAACAUUGAUACAAACAUUUUAAUUUAAAGUAGAUAAAAAUAUCAAAAUAUAUGAAAUAAAACUUACAAUCAGUAUCGAUAUUUUCGGUGCGGACCACCGCACGUGGUAUCGAUUUCUGUAUCCCCGCGUAUCGUGGUGCGGCCCACCGCACGCUUUACGCCUGGAAUUUCUGGACUAACAUAAAAUUCUUUUCUUAUUCCUAAAUCC